AACAUGAAACUGUUCAUAGCUGUCUUGGCUUUAGCCAUUGGUGUCGCUACCGCGGCUCCCCAAGCGGCAAUCGCUCAUCCCAAGGAUCUGGCAAAGGUCAGCAAGGUGGAAGGACGCAUUACCAAUGGAUAUCCAACCUAUGAAGGUAUGGCCCCGUAUACGGUUGGUCUGAGCUUGGUGACGAACGGUGCCUACUCGUGGUGCGGUGGUUCCAUCAUCGCCCACACCUGGGUCAUCACUGCGGAGCAUUGUACCAGGAACGUGGAUAAUGUGAAUGUGCAUUUCGGUGCCACGUGGCGCACAGAAGCUCAGUUCACUCAUUGGGUUGGCCGCAACGACAUCAUCAAUCACGACUACGAUGACAUUGCCUUGAUCCGCAUUCCCCACGUCGAUUUCUGGCACAUGGUCAACAAAAUUGAGCUGCCGAGCUUCAAUGAGCGCUACAAUGACUACAACGGUUGGUGGGCAUUCGCCUGUGGCUGGGGAAAGACCUAUGACACCAGUGGAUUGCCCGACUGGAUGCAGUGCGUCGACUUGCAGGUUAUGCCCAACAGCGAGUGUGAGCAAACUUAUGGAUCUAACACUGUGCGCAGCAACAUUCUGUGUGUGAGAACACCUGAAGGCAAAUCGACCUGCAGCGGCGACUCUGGUGGCCCCUUGGUGGCUCACGAGGGCAAGAAAUUGAUCGGUGUUACUAACUGGGUCUCCUCUGCCGGCUGCCAGUCUGGUCAUCCUUCUGGCUUCCAGCGUAUCACCUACCAUCUCGACUGGAUUCGCGAUCUUACUGGCGUUGCCUACUACUAAGAUCUAUUGAAUUGAUCCUGUAUCUAAAAAUAAAAAUGAUUUUGAUUAAAU